AUGGAGGGAUUUCUGAAAGAAUAUAACUUUUGGGACGUUAUUGAACCUACAGUCGACGUAGUUGUAGAUGAAAGGAAGAUAUACACUGCAUUGGGGUACAUAUGUCAAACCCUACCGGACGACAUCUUGGUACAGGAAAAAGCAGCUCAAAAAGUUGCUGAGAAAGAAAGACUGGAUGAGAUCGCUGAGAAAGAAAGAUUGGACGCGAUUGUUCAAGAAGAACAAGCACGUAAGAAAGAAGCUCAAGAAGCUAUAGAGAACGAAGAAGUUUUGCAAGCUGUUUUGGUAAGUGAAGAGAAGGAACGACUGGGUAAAGAAAAAGAAAGAAUUUCUUUGGAAGAAGAAGAAGAGAAGACGGUGAACCUUCAGGAGGUUGCCGGCAAGGUGAAGGAGUUUGGUCGCCAACAUGGUGAAGUAGCUGGAGAAGAACGUGAUGGGGUGGGGAAAGAUAUGGAGGAGCCAGCCAUUGCCGCUGAUGACGGACAAGAAGCCGCCCCUCCGCUUUAUUAUACAAAAGUCCAGUUGGGUUCUCCUUCAAAGGACUAUUAUCUGAUUAACACAGGAAGUGAUGUGUUAUGGGUUGGUUGCACACCCUGUAAUGGUUGCCCUACAUCAAGCAGUUUGCAAAUUCCUAUGGAGUUCUAUGAUCCAUCAAGCUCAUCAAAAAGUCAUGCAAUUAGUUUUGCGGACCAACGGUGUUCUCGAGCGGUUGAAUCGUCUGAUUCGAGCUGUUUAAACAACCAAUGCACUUAUAAGUUCAAGUAUGGAGAUGGUAAUGGGACUUCAGGUUAUUAUGUAUCUGAUUUAAUGCAUUUCGAAACAAUUGCUGAAGGUUCAAGGGAAUUAAGUUCUUCGGCUGAUGUUGUGUUUGGUUGUAGUACAACUCAAAUGGGAGAUUUGACUAAAUCUGACCGAGCUAUUAAUGGGAUCUUGGGGCUUGGUCAAAACGGGUUGUCGAUAAUUUCACAACUUUCUUCACAAGGAGCUGGUCCUGAUGCAUUCUCUCAUUGUCUUAUUGGAAGUGAGGAUGGUGGUGGUAUUUUGGUUAUUGGUCAAAUAGUGGAGGCGAAUAUGGUUUAUACCCCACUUAUCCAAUUACAGCCACGCUAUAAUAUAAAUCUGCAGAGUAUUUCUAUCAAUGGUCCGUUGUCCAUUGACCCAUCGACUUUUGCGAUAUCAGACAACCAAGGUGGAAGUGGAACCAUUGUUGAUUCAGGAACAACUCUGUCAUGCAUUUACAUUGCUGAAGAUGCUCUUAACCCGUUUGUGGAUGCUAUCACACAGGCGGUUUCACAGUCUGUACAGCCGCUUAUUUCAAAGAAAAAUAAGGGUUAUAUAAUUACCUCCAGUGUCUCCGAUGUAUUCCCGCCUGUAAGCUUCAACUUUGCGGGCGAUGCUUCAAUGCAUUUAAGACCUCAGGACUACCUUAUUCAGCAAAAUUUUGUGGGUGGGGCUGAGGUGUUGUGCAUCAGCUUUCAGUCAAUUCCAAAUCAAGGAAUUACUAUUUUAGGAGGCCUUAUUCUUAAAGACAAGAUUAUUGUUUAUGAUUUGGGUGGUCAACGGAUUGGAUGGGCGGAUUAUGACUGUAAGUUCUCUUCACCGUUUGAUUUUUUCUAA